CAGGCAGGCAGACAGAAAGGGAAGAGAGCCUGCUGACGCUGGGACUCCAUGGAGAUGAGCAGGAGAAAUACAAGACAGCUUGGGAUCAACAGACCUGUCUGCUGUAGGAUGAUUGGCGGGUUCCUGUCCUGACACUGGGAGCAGAAUGCCUGGCGUUCCCUGUGGGGCUUCACCUCACCAUGCUGUGGCCGUCAACUGCUGCCUCCUCUUCCUCCUCCUCUUCCUCCUCCAGGCUGCACUGGGGCAGAAGCCGGCCAAGCUGCCCCUGGUGGAGCGCAAGCCCUUCGUGGCGGCCUGGAACGCCCCCCUGGACAUGUGCACGCUCAAGUACAACAUGAGCAUCAACCUGGAGCUCUUCCAGAUCUCGGGCAGCCCGCGCUCCGUGCACCGGGGGCAGAACGUCACCAUCUUCUACGCCAACCGGCUGGGCCACUACCCCUUCUACAACGAGGAGGGCGCGCCCGUCAACGGCGGCCUGCCGCAGAACUGUAGCCUGGAGGCGCACCUGCGCAAGGCCCACCAGGACAUCUGCCACUUCAUCCCCGCCGAGGACUUCCAGGGCCUGGCCGUCAUCGACUGGGAGUACUGGCGGCCGCAGUGGAGCCGCAACUGGCACAAGAAGGACAUCUACCGGCAGCGCUCGCGCGAGCUGGUGACGCAGGCCUACGUCAACGUGACGGAGGAGCAGGUGGAGGAGCUGGCGCGCCGCCUCUUCGAGAAAAGCGCCCGGGCCUUCAUGAAGAAGACGCUGCAGCUGGGCACCCAGACGCGGCCCAACGGCCUGUGGGGCUACUACCUGUACCCCGACUGCCACAACUACAACGUGCACGAGAACGACUACAGUGGCAGCUGCCCCCUGCUGGAGAGCCUGCGCAACGACGAGCUGGAGUGGCUGUGGAGCAGCAGCACGGCCCUGUUCCCCUCGCUGGCCAUCCGCAAGGCCAUGGCCGACAGCGCGCGCAACAUGCACUUCUCCCAGAACCGCGUGUUGGAGUCGCUGCGCCUGGGGGCGCUCUCCUCGCUGCCCUACGAGCUGCCCACCUACGUGUACACGCGGCUGGGCUACAGGGACGAGGCCAUGGCCUUCCUCACCCAGAAAGACCUAAUUCACACCAUUGGGGAGAGUGCAGCCCUCGGUGCUGCAGGUUUUGUGAUCUGGGGAGAUCUGAACCUCACCUCAUCAAGGCUCAACUGCUCUAAGGUGCGGGCCUUCAUGAACUACCGCCUGGGCCAGUACAUCACCAACGUGACGCGGGCGGCCGAGGUGUGCAGCGAGUACCUGUGCCAGUCCAACGGGCGCUGCGUGCGCAAGGACCCCCGAGCGCUGCACUACCUGCACCUGAGCAAGCCCAGCUACCGCAUCACGUCCCUGCGCAACGGCUCCUUCAGCGUCACCGGCCAGCACUCCCCGCACGACUACCGCGCGCUCACUGACCGCUUCCAGUGCCACUGCUACCAGGGCUACGCAGGAGAGCGCUGUGACAGCCUGGACAGAGACAAAGACAAAGAGAGGGAGAAGGAGGAGGAGGAGAAGGAGGAGAGUGGAUGGGAAACAGAGACAGAGACAACAACAGAGACAGCGAUAGAGACAGAGACAGAGACAGAGACAGAGAAAGAGGAGGAGAAAGAGAAAGAGAAAGAAAAAGAGGAAGACAAAGGGAAGGAGGAGGAAGAACAAACAGGGGAGGAGACGAAGGAGGAGGACAAGACGGAGGAGAGGACAGAGAGUGCUGCCCCACAGACCUCCCACACCUUUGGCCUCCUUCUCCUGCUCCUCGUGCUCCACUCGUGUGUCUGAGCUCCAGCUUCUUGUGUUGUGUUUCAGACAUGGUGUAGGAGAGCUAAACUGAGUAGGAUUAGCUGCCCUUUAGGAUGGACAUUCCCACUCUCUGCAGAUGGCACAUGAGAUGACUUAUGUUUGUAUCGAGUAACUUCAGGGUAUGUUAGUGCAUAAUUGUGAGUGUAUCUGUAGGCAAAAUGAUGUAUAUGUUGCGAAUGAGUUCAUGUAAAGCCACAAUUGUACAACUGUAUCAUGUGUUUGCACCUACACAUACCUCAGAUACAGUACGUCCCAAAGAUGCUAUCAGUGCUGGCAGAAGUGAAGGUCUACUUCCAUACUUCCAUGCAUCUUGUUUCCAAGGAGACGAUUCCUGUCCUACAGCUAUGCACUUCAGUAUCAUUGAUUAAAGUGACCUCAGAUUCCUUUCUUGGGGGAACUGGGCGGAGAACUGGAAGGACUUGACCGCUGCAUUCUUGAGAGGCACACAGACGUCUCUUCCUCGGUAGCACAGAGUUUGCCUUUGUGGUGUUCUUGAAUGUCCUGCUCACUGUGAUGGUCAUCUAAACUCAUAUUUAGGUACAAGAGGGACAGACAGACUGACCGCACUAACAUUGUGACAACAUCACACAGUAGUCCAGUGCGGAGGAUGGUCCUGGUUGUAGCUUUUGACGGUUAAAUACUUUAAGGCUAGACAAGACUAUUUCUGGAUUGGUGUGAUUAUGCCAUUUAGUCAUAGACAGACCUGAUGGCCACUGCCAUGACAAAGCUUGCUUUUAGAGGGGGAGGGGGAGUUGAGUGUCACAUACAGCACAUCCACAACACAUGUAGAUGAAGGUUAGUGUACUGAAUAUAUCAUCACAAUCGCUUUAUUUCAGGAAGCCUCUGAAGUCUUACAAUACCAUCACACUUGAUUGUACAGUACUUCUCUAACUCUUUGUUAAAGAAAGACAUUGAAUGUAACCAGACCAUCAAACUUCACAGCCUAUUUUCAGCAAUAAGCUUCAUUAAUGUUACUUUGUUGCAUCAUCAAACAUCUUUUUUUAAUGUCUAGGAUCAAACAAAUAAUCAUCAUUAUAUUUUUCAUUUAUAGAUGAGUCCAAAUAUGAACAUACUGUGUUAUCGUUAUUACAGCCAAAGUGUGCACAUAAAUAAUGCCAAUGAAUAAAACCUGGUACUGCCUUGCUGCAUUCUCAGCCAGUGGACACCGAGGUUCAGUUCAUACUUCUGUGGAGUAUUUGUAAUUAGGCAAGGGUACAGAACUUGCCUGAUUCAUUCAUCUCAACAUUAGUGAUUAUUUUGUACCGUUUAUACAAACCUGUUUAUGCAUAGAUGCAGUAUCCAAUACCAAAUACACUAUGACGACAAUGCAAUGUGUGAUAAAUGUUGCUUGAAUGUUGAUGCACUGCAAAUAAAUGGUGGUAAUCGUU